CCCGUUGCGGUGCUCCAGGGGCAAAAUCGGAAGGGAAAUAAAAAAAUGAAUAAAAUAAAAACCAAGUCCCACCCGCUUCUGCCUUCCGAUUUCCGUUGUCCGCUGUCCCUCUGCUCCCAUCAAUCUCCUCUGCGGAUUCCUCUGCAUCUGCAGGAAUUGGCAGAACUGGUGGAUGGGUACAUCAUCUGGUUCCAAUAUAAACCAACAACCUUCAUCGAGAAUGCUUCCUCCACGUCAGCAACCACGAGCUGGGGGACUGCAAACAUCACUCUCCCUUGUCUCUUCAGAUGCUCGGCUAUCCCCUGAAGAACCCAGGUCAAAUUCUGAUCACAUACACGAGUCCCCUACUGAGAGUGCUAGUUCUCGAGAAACUUGGCCUACUGCAGAGGCCAUAAUGGCUAAGAAGAUGGAGAAUGGGAAAGUAGAAAAUGAUUUUCCUGAACAAUCGGUCAUUCGCCGUCUUUCCAGUGCUGAUAAGAUAUCUCUUCGGGACAUAGCAAGAGAGAGAGUUGAUAUAGUCUGUGAAAAGAUGAAUCACCUACCUGAUGAGUUUCUGGAAGAAUUGAAGAACAACCUCAGAGCCAUCCUUGAUGGGAAUGGUGGUUCACAGCAAAGGGAGGAAUUUUUUAUCUUGCAAAAGUUUGUUCAGAGUAGAACUGAUUUAACUGCCAAGACAUUGAUUAGAGCACAUCGAGUACAGCUUGAAAUUCUUGUUGCUAUAAAUACUGGGAUUCUGGCAUUCUUGCAUCCGAAUAUCAGUCUCUCGCAAACUUCCCUUAUUGAAGUUUUUGUGUACAAGAGAUGCAGAAAUAUAGCAUGCCAAAACCAGAUUCCAGCUGAUGAUUGCACCUGUGAGAUAUGCACCAAAAGAAAUGGUUUCUGCAACCUUUGUAUGUGUGUCAUCUGUAACAAGUUCGAUUUUGAAGUGAACACUUGCCGUUGGGUUGGUUGUGAUUUGUGUUCUCAUUGGACUCACACUGACUGUGCCAUUCGCGAUGGACUAAUCUGCAUGGGUGCUUCUGUUAAGAGUGGAGCAGGGCCAACUGAAAUGCUUUUUAGGUGCCGAGCUUGUAAUAGAACAUCUGAGCUACUGGGUUGGGUCAAAGAUGUGUUUCAACACUGUGCACCUGCUUGGGAACGGGAGGCGUUGAUGAGGGAGCUUGAUUUUGUUAGUAGAAUUUUUCGUGGAAGUGAAGAUCCCCGAGGGCAAAAACUCUACUGGAAGUGUGAGGAGCUCAAAGAAAAAAUAAAAAAUGGAGUUGCAGAUUCAACAGCAGCCUGCAGAGCAAUAUUGAUGUUUUUCCAAGAGCUUGAGGUAGACUCUCCAAAGAGCCUGGAAAAUGGGGAAGGUGGACGGCUGAUAGCGCCACAGGAGGCUUGUAAUCGAAUUGCUGAAGUGGUGCAGGAGGCCAUAAGGAAGAUGGAAAUGGUGGCUGAUGAGAAAAUGAGAAUGUACAAGAAAGCCCGAAUGGCUGUAGAGGCUUGUGACAAGGAACUCCAGGACAAGGCCAGGGAAGCUCAAGAACUAAAGCUUGAGAGGCAAAAAAAGAAGCAACAAGUCGAAGAGCUGGAGAAAAUUGUGAGGCUCAAAAACGCAGAGGCUGAUAUGUUCCAACUCAAGGCCAAUGAGGCUAAACGAGAGGCUGACAGGCUCCAGAGGAUUGCUCUUGCCAAGUCAGAUAAAUCGGAGGAAGAAUAUGCUAGUAGUUACUUGAAACAACGAUUGAGUGAAGCUGAGGCUGAGAAGCAGUAUCUGUUUGAGAAGAUCAAACUCCAAGAAAGCUCCCGGGUAUCCCAGAACAGUGGUGGUAGUGUUGACCCUUCUCAGAUGCUGAUGUAUUCGAAAAUGCAUGAUCUUCUUUACAGUGGUGCUCCCAAGACGGACUGCCUGCCAAAUGAACGCCAUCCUUUCAGAAAAAAUCCCUGAGGAAUGUUUUUUUCUAGUAUGUUCUGUAUUAUUUUAUCUCAGCAGUAGUAAACUAGUAAGUAACUUUCAUUGGUGAAGGACUAGUGUGAAUGUGAGGACUCUUGUUUAAUAUGAUCGAGCAUUUGUGUUUUGUCCA